AUGCCAUUAAUCUUUCGUGAAAUGCAUGGUGAUCUUUUUUCAGCUUCAUCAAAUACAUCUCUUGCACAUUGUGUUUCAAGAGAUUUGAAUAUGUCGAAAGGCAUUGCAAUGUUAUUUCGUGAUAAAUUUGGUCAAAUCAAUGAACUACAAAAACAAAAUGUACCAGUUGGCGGUUGUGCUUAUCUUACUGCAGAUGAUCGUUGUAUUUUUUAUUUGGUAACAAAAGAACGAUAUUUUUAUAAACCAACUAUGGCUACAUUAGAAUCAAGUCUUCGAGUAAUGCGAGAUUUAUGUAUUCAACAUAAUAUUCGUCAUUUAGCAAUGCCUCGAAUAGGUUGUGGAUUAGAUAAACUUGAUUGGAAUAAAGUAUCUCAACUAAUUCAAAAUGUAUUCAAAGAAGAUGAUAUUGAAAUUACGAUUUAUACUAUCUAA